AAAGGAGGUUGGUGCAUUUGUUUGUCCGUCCCAUAAACAUCUUAUCCAAAUCUACCUUUUCUCGUGGAUCAUACACCCAAAGAGACCAAACUCAACACCUGCAAGCUACAGACUGACUAUUUUACUACAGAGAGACAGGGAGAUGAUGGCAACUAGCACAGCCAGAAAUCAGGCUCCAAGUGACACCAGUUAUGACCGCAACACCGAAUUAAAAGCAUUUGAUGAUACAAAAGCUGGUGUCAAGGGACUUGUAGAUGCUGGUUUGACAAAAAUCCCACAAAUAUUUAUCCAAAAACCUUAUAUCCAGCUUGGAGACUACUCCAAGUGCAGUAUUCCAGUUAUUGAUCUUGAAGGUGUUAACAAAGAUGCAACCAAACGCAGAGAGAUCAUUCGAGAAAUAAUAGAGGCUUGUGAGAAGUGGGGUUUCUUUCAGGUUGUCAAUCAUGGAAUUCCAGUGACUGUUUUGGAUGAGAUGAUAGAUGGGAUAUGCAGAUUUCAUGAGCAAGACACUGAGGAGAAGAAGAAGUUGUACACAAGGGAUUUCAAUAAAAGAGUGUUGUAUUUGUCCAAUUUUCGUCUGUAUAGUUCGCCGGCAGCUGAUUGGAAGGACACCCUUUUUUGUGUCAUGGCUCCUCAUACUCCGGAUCGGGAUGAAUUACCCGCAGUUUGCAGGUUGGUGGCCUCCAAGUUCUUUAGGAGAAUUAGUGGGUUGAUGUUCCCCCCGAAGCGUGGAGCUCUAAUAGUAAACAUUGGAGAUCUUUUGCAGCUCAUCACUAAUGAUAGGCUUAAGAGUGUGCAUCACAGAGUGGUGGCGAGAAAUGUAGGACCAAGAAUUUCAGUGGCAUCUUUUUUCAGACAGCAAAUCAGGAAAGGAAGUUCCUUGAGUGGUUAUGGACCAAUCAAGGAGUUGAUAUAGAAGGAAAACCCCCAAAUAUAUCCCGAAACAUUUGUAGAAGAGUUUCACUCUCACUAAACCUCAAAGGGGAAGGAUGGAGUUUCUUCAUUGCUGCAUUUUAAGUCGUGAAGCUGGCCCCAUAAUACGUCUGUGGCUUGUGGAAUUGGUGAUGCUUUGUUUCAUGCUGAAAUAUUUCAGCUUUCGUUGAUGGUGUUUAAACAAUGUCCUGCUUUGCCACGGGUCCCAUGACUGUGAUUUGCUUAUGUAACGCAGAUUUGUGUUCCUAUCAGAACCAAUUAGGUAAAUAUAUAUAUGGACUUAAAAUUUCAAA